CUCUGUGGGUUUUUGCUGUUAUUCCGCAUUUUAUAGCAAUUUUUGGGCCCCACAAUGAAACACACACACACAGAGGGAGGGAGAGAGAGAGAGAGGGAGAGAGGUGGGCCGAGCCUCAUAGAGAGGGAGUGCCGUUGUGGGAGCGGUUUGCUCCUCCGCAUCAGACUCCUUCUAUCCCUCCGUGCUGGAGGAGCAAGGAGGAACCUGUCGUCAGUUUUCCCUCUCUGCGGAUGCAUGGAUAACCACACCAAGGCUGGGAAAAUGUUUUUUCUGCUGCGUAUGGUUACCCUUUACACUCUGAGCGUCUUAAGCGGAGCGUCCGCCGCCACGCACUAUACUUGCAAUGGUCCUCUGGUAUCAGCAUUACCCCAUUCAUCCUUCCAGAGCUCCUCUCAGUCCUCACUCAGUUUUGCAGCUCACAAUGCCAAGCUUAACAGAAGAGAUGGAGCGGGUGGCUGGUCUCCACUGGUGACCGACCAAGAGCCGUGGCUCCAGGUGGACCUCAGGGAGCAGGUGGAGGUGACGGCUGUAGCCACACAGGGACGCUAUGACAGCUGGGACUGGGUCAGCAGCUACUUGCUGCUCUACAGUGACACAGGCCGGGCCUGGAAACAGUACAGGCAUGAGGAUGGUGUAGGGAGCUUUGUCGGGAAUGUGAACUCAGAGGCUGUUGUACAGAACAAGCUCUCCCACCCAGUGAGAAUGCGCUUCCUGCGUUUUGUCCCUUUGCACUGGAACCCGAGCGGUUGGAUGGGCCUCAGAGUGGAGGUGUAUGGCUGCUCCUACAAGUCAUAUGUGGCAGACUUUGACGGCAGAAGCUCGUUACUGUAUCGGUUCAACCAGAAGUCCAUGUCGACGGUGAAGGACGUGAUCUCCCUGCAGUUCAAGAGCCACAAGGCUGAGGGUGUUUUACUGCAUGGAGAGGGCCAGAGAGGGGACUACAUCACCCUGGAGCUCCACCGAGGGCGACUGGACCUCUACCUCAACCUGGACGACAGCAGGCUGCGGUUCAACAGCGGCCGUGUUGCUGUCACUGUGGGCAGCCUGCUGGACGACCAGCACUGGCACUCGGUUCAUAUAGAGCGCUUCAACAGACAGGUUAACCUCACCGUGGACUCCCACACACAGCACUUCCAAACCAAAGGAGAAGGACACUCACUGGAGGUGGACUAUGAGCUGAGUUUUGGCGGCAUCCCGCUCCCCGGUAAACCUGGCACCUUUCUGAGGAAGAACUUCCACGGCUGCAUGGAGAACCUCUACUACAACGGAAUCAAUAUCAUAGACCUGGCAAAGAGGCGCAAGCCACAGAUACACAGCGUGGGCAACGUGACCUUCUCGUGCUCGCAGCCCCAGCUGGUGGCUUGCACCUUUCUGAGCUCCAGCAGCAGCUUCCUGUCGCUUCCAUCAGCGCCAUCUGCCACAGGGGGGUUCUCUGUUCGCUUCCAGUUCAGGACGUGGAACCCGAAUGGGCUGCUGCUCUCUGUGCAGCUGAACCCGGAGCCCCAGAGACUGGAGCUGCAGAUCAGAAAUGGUCGGCUACACCUGACCCUCCACAGCACAGGACGACAGAAGUCAGAGGUCUCUGCUGGCCACAGAGUCAACGAUGGACUGUGGCACUCAGUGAGUCUCGACACGAGGAAUCUACAGAUCACUCUGAGUGUGGAUAAUGAGCCAUCCUCUACAACUGAACUGUGGGAGCAACUGCAAUCAAGAGACAACUUUUACUUUGGAGGCUGUCCCACAGUAGGCUGUCAGGUCCUGACUCCGACCUUCCAGGGGUGUAUGAGGCUCAUAUCCAUCCAUAGCCAGCCAAUGGAUCUCGGCCAUGUGCAGCAAGGAUUGCUGGGAAAUUAUAAUGAGCUUCAGUUUGACACUUGCAACAUUAGAGACAGGUGCCUUCCCAACCUGUGUGAACACGGAGGCCACUGCUUUCAGACGUGGAGCUCCUUCUCCUGCGACUGCUCAGGAACAGGAUACUCCGGAGCAACCUGUCACAACUCCAUUUAUGAGUCAUCCUGUGAGGCCUACAAGCUGCUUGGCAGCUCCUCGGGCUUCUACUCCAUUGAUCCAGAUGGGAGUGGUCCCCUGGGGCCCACACAGGUGUACUGCAACUUGACAGAGGAGAAGGUCUGGACGGUGUUGUCCCACAACAGCACAGCUCCAGUCACAGUCCAGCACUCCUCUCUUCAGAAGCCUCACAUCAUGAAGUUCAACUACAGCACGUCGGCCGAGCAGCUGCGUGCCGUCGUGUCGGGGUCGGAGCAGUGCCAGCAGGAGGUGGUGUACAAGUGCAGGAAGUCCCGUCUCUUUAAUACCAAAGAUGGCAGUCCGCUGUCCUGGUGGCUGGAUCGGGAAGGGGAGAGGAGGAGUUACUGGGGAGGCUUCCUGCCUGGGGUCCAGCAGUGCUCCUGUAGCCUGGAGGAGAACUGCAUGGACAUGAACUACUUCUGCAACUGUGAUGCCGACAGAGACGCAUGGGCUAAUGACACGGGAAUGCUCUCCUAUAAAGACCACCUACCAGUGAGCCAGAUAGUGAUCGGAGACACCAACAGAACAGGCUCGCAGGCCGUCUACAGCAUCGGGCCUCUGCGUUGUUAUGGAGACAAGUCUCUAUGGAAUGCAGCCUCUUUCUACCAGGAAUCCUCCUACCUCUACUUUCCCACCCUACAGGCCGAGCUCGCCUCGGAUAUCUCCUUCUACUUCAAGACCAGCGCUCCUUCUGGAGUGUUUCUCGAGAACCUGGGCCUCAAGGACUUCAUCAGAGUGGAGCUCAGCUCUCCCUCAGUGGUGACUUUCUCCUUUGAUGUGGGAAACGGUCCGACGGUCCUGUCCGUGAAGUCUCACCUCCCCCUGAAUGACAGACAAUGGCACUACGUGAGGGCAGAGCGCAAUGUGAAGGAGGCCUCCCUACAGGUCGACCAGCUUCCCCUCCGCUUCCUGGAAGCUCCAGCUGACGGACACCUCCGCUUACGGCUCAGCAGCCAGCUCUUCAUAGGGGGAACAGCUUCCCAGCAGAGAGGUUUCCUGGGCUGCAUCAGGACUCUGACCAUCAACGGUGUGAGCUUUGACCUGGAGGAAAGAGCCAAGAUGACGCCGGGGGUGAGCUCUGGCUGUCCCGGCUACCGCAGGCGCUCCCCCUGCCACAACAGAGGGAGGUGUAUUGAAAAGAGCAACGGCUACGUGUGUGACUGCUCCCAGUCUGCCUACGGAGGAGCCACCUGUAACCAAGAGGUGUCGGUGUCCUUCGACAGAGAGUCCUCGGUGACCUACACCUUCCAGGAGCCCUUCUCAGUGAUGCAGAACAGAAGCUCACAGGCCACCGGCGUUUCCACAGAGAGCAGCAGCAGGGCCAGAGAGGACGUCGCCUUCAGCUUCGUCACCUCCCAGAGGCCGGCCAUGCUGCUGACAGUCAGCACAUUCAGUCAGCAGUACAUCGCUGUCAUCCUGGCCAAGAAUGGGAGUUUGCAGAUCUGGUAUCACCUUCAGACAGACAGGAGUCCGGAUGUGUUCAGCCCUGCCCUCGGAAACCUGGCAGACGGACGUUUUCAUCGAAUCAGAAUCCACCGAGUGGGCAAAAACCUCUAUGUCCAGAUCGACCAGGACAUCCACAGAAAGUACACGCUGUCAUCUGAUGCAGAGCUGAUCCUAAUCAGAUCCCUGACAUUGGGCAAAGUCACCAAGAGGGAGAACUUCAAUGAGGAAGUAAUGCAAGCAGCUUCUAAAGGUUUCAUUGGCUGCCUGUCCUCAGUCCAGUUCAAUCAUGUGGCGCCCCUGAAGGCAGCGCUGACCAAUCGAGGAAGCUCACUGGUCACCAUUCGUGGCCCACUGGUCCAGUCAAAUUGUGGAGCACUGGCAGAGUCCACCUCACACACUCUGCAAGAUCAAGCCGUGACAGCCAACAAAGAUAAGGAGCAGCAUGGCAGUGGCACCCAGAAGGAUUUGGCUGUGAUAGCAGGUGUGGUCACAGCAGUGGUCUUCAUCGCUGCGUGUGCCCUGGCUGUGAUAAGCCGCCUCCUCUACCAGCAGAGGCGGGCCAAGAGGAGCAGCAGCAGCAUCAAAGAAGAGCACAGACACAGCAUGUACACAGACUACAGGACAGAGCUGCACCUCCACAACUCAGUCAGGGACAGCAUGAAGGAGUACUACAUCUGACUGCAGUGUGCGCUCUGUGGGCCUAACUCACAGACUUACCUCUCCCGUAUGAAGGAAUAUCAGAUGGACGUGUUGCUGCAGCGUUUCUUGCAACAAAACAUCUCUGUGCCCUGGGGCUCUCUGCAAAGGUCCACUCUCUUCAUGCCCAAGUACAAGCAAGAGGCUGAAACUUUACAGCUGUUAGUGUAUUUGAUGUUGGUGAAACUGUCUGAAUCAAGCUGCUGUGGUUUCUGUCGUCACAAAACGUGUAAAGAAAAAGAUGAAUUUCUGUGAGGGGUGGACAGACAGAGGGACACCGUGAGUUCAGCGAGCAGAAGCUGCUGCCCAUCUCGACUGUGCACAACUUCAAAUACUUUGUUUAAAUCCGUCAAAUGCUGAAUGUUCCCACAUUUCAGUGGGACUCACUAAAUUGUACUCACAAAUCAGGAAAUGUAGGCCAGCCCUGUAAGAUACGCGUGCAUUCGCUGCUGUCUUUGUUUUUUCACUGGUGGGGAACGCGGUGGAGGAAGAAGAGAGGACGAUACUGCCUAUAUUGUAUGAGUGCCUAAUUUGCAUAUGGGUUUUUAUUUUAACAUUUUAGAAGUUAUUCAUGUGAUUUGCACAAAGGCAGUUGUAUUAACAUAGAGAUGAGCUUAUUGUCAUUCAGUUCUGCAGCCCACACUCCAUAGAAUAAAAGGAAAUUGGAAUUUCCCAGUCAUGCACAACACCUGCCAGUUGACCAUCUUAGGAAGGUUGUUUCACUGAGUUGCUUCCACCAUUCAGACCACAUGUUGGUCUGAAGAGCGAAUGUUUAGCUAAUGACUUGGAAAUCAUGCAUUUUUAUUUUGAUUUAAUUGUGCACAUUUUUUGUGUAUUGUUUUUUAGUACAUAAAAGUAUACACAAAAAAAUUGUGUAUGUUGUACUAUGAGAGUAGUAGAAAUAAGAACUUAAUGGAGUAUUUUGAUUUUUAAAAAGUAAUUUACACAGAUGCAUACAGUGCGGGGUUUAACUGUCAACCAAACUGCCUUCGUGAGUGUCACCGAACUCCAGCUGGGAAUAACAUCUACAGGCUGAAACCACUGCAUCUAUUGUCUGGUACUGGUAAGCCACAAAGCUCCCACGCAGUAUCCUUGGUGUUCCUCGGCAUACUGGCAGCAGUUUGGUGUUGGAAAGUGUACGUACAAGAAGUGCUGCGCCUAGAAAGUACUAACAAAAACAAUUAUCCUGCAUGUGGCUCAAUUCAAGUCUGCAGAAGUACAGAACAGUCGCAGCAGCAGGUUUUUGGGGGCUUAUACACCUACAUAAGCUGUGGGGGUAAAAAGUGUGAGUCACAGCAGCCUACUCUACCAAACUUUGUCAAAGUACUUGAGUGAGUUUCUACUACUGUUAAAGGUUGCAAUGCUUUUGAAUUGCUUGAUUAUAUGCAAAAGUCAUGUAGGCAGGGAAAAGAUGGUUGGUUUAUUGCAGACGGACUUGCAGACUGAGAGGCUGCGAUAUUUCUUGAAGGAAUAAAGGACUAGUAGACGCAGUGCAGAGCAAACUCAAAAAGUACUGGUCCAAAAGUUCAGUUUGUCCAUUAUUUUACAGCGUUAGCCAGCAGCACUUAGAGCUUUCUGCAACAAAGAAAAAAGCCACUGUAACCUGACAUCAUUUAUUUAUUUAUUUAUUUUCUAUUUGGAUCACAGGGAUAAGUGGUGUUUACUGUGUAUUUCGAGCAGAAUACUUUUUAUAUUCAUCUGACACUGGUUCAGCCUAAAAAAACAUAAAGGAGCCACCUGGAGGUCAAGUGAGCCGGGAAACCAGAAACUAUACAAAAGCAUGGAUUACAAAAUUAUUGACAGCAUUUUUAGAUCCUUAUCACUACUGGGCAAAAAUAUUAGUUUGACUUGAACGUAUGUCCCAGGGUAAAAGCAAUGUUACCUAAAUUCUAAAAGCAGUUUGUCAGACUCGAUAUCAGAUUUACCUCAUUGUGCACUGGUUCAGCUGCUCUUAGGCAGCUUCAAUUUAAGGGGGUAAUCUCAAAGAAAAGCUGAAUCUGAGGCUGGCUGAAAUGUGGUAAUUAUGUUCUUUUUAAGUAUUCUGUGAUGAAAAAACACGUUGGACAAGUCAUAAUUCAUGCUAAAUGUUGGUAUAAAGUUUUGAGGAAAGCAAUCCAACAAUUCUCAACAUAUUUCUCUCUGAUUCAGUUUUUUGGACCAGUGUGCUAAUGGACCGAUUGAUGCAACUGACAAACGGUAUCACCCUUCUCUGCACCACCACCAUAGUUGAGUGACUGAAGGUGACACGAGAGUGGUCCAAAGGUGGAGUCUUGAGCAUCUGGAGCCAACUGUGCAUGUCCUUGUAAUCUACGUAUGUCUCAAGAUGUGACGGUAUCACCUGCUUCAAGUGUUAUCACUCCAUUAAAUAGCUGUUAUCAGUGUGUUGGUGGGAGCAUGGGGUUUGUAGUGUAUCACAUUUGGGCAAUUUAUGUAAAAUAACUACUUACUAAAUUCACAGCAUCAAUUGGUUUGGCAUAGGACACAGUUGUGAGAUUUUUCUUCCCACCAUCCACCCUGACCUCCUAACCGUGUGGACUCAUCACCAGUGGGGUGAUAACAUUUGAAUCGGCCGACAGUCUGCAGAUCUCCAGUAUCAGACCAUGAAUACAUACCUCUCAGAGUGUUUAGGUCAUGUUGCAAAGUGUAAUAUCAUGUGGGCACUUCUUAAUGAUUUGUAUAGCUGCAGUUUUAUUAAGGAUCUAUUGUAUAGA